AUGUACGAGCAAGUCGCCGCCGUGACGACAACGUUGAGACCGCUUGCAAAACCGUUUAUAGUGUGUGAAGUUCGCUCAAGAGAUACUUGCAGUUUUUGGAAUGAUAAUUGGACAUCUCUGGGACCGUUAAUUGAAGUCACUGGUGAGAAUGGUCCUCGGACUGUGGGUUUACCUGUGAAUGCAGUGGUUGCUGAUGCACUAAGAGAUGGUGACUGGUGGAUUUCUGCUUCUCGGAGUAGGAACCCCAUUAUUCAAUUGAUCAAACAAUGUCUGCCCAAUCCUCAUGAUAUUCUCAGGGGUGGAGAAGAGGAUACGUAUCUGUGGAAGAUAGGUGACUCUGUUCCCUCAAGUAAGUUCUCUGCUGCGGCUACCUGGCGUUUUUUGAAUCCUCCUGGUCCAUCUAUAGACUGGCAUGGUGCGGUUUGGUUCAAAGGAAAGAUUCCUCGGCAUGCGUUUAUUGCUUGGAUUGCUGCUCGCCAUAGAUUGCAUACGAGGGAUAGGCUCAUCAGUUGGGGUCUUCAUGUCCCCUCUAAUUGCCUCCUCUGCAACAGAUUUGAUGAAUCUUUGCAACAUAUUUUCUUUGAUUGUGAUUUCUCUCAGGAGGUUUGGUCUUAUUUCACGUCAAGAGCGAAUGUGACCUCCCCGAUGGUGUUUCAAGAUGUGCUCAGAUGGAUGAAUUCUCCUGCUCGGGAUAAGAAUGUUGCCUUUAUUCUGAAGCUAGCUUUCCAGGCCACCAUUUAUAUUAUUUGGAAGGAAAGGAAUGGGAGGAUUCACACAGAUUCUGCUCGGUCACCUUCAGCUCUAAUCCAGGAUGCAAAGACUGUUAUUAGAUGCCACCUUGACCCCCUAUCUCGUGCUCAAGAUUACAGUAAUCCCUCUACCGUCUCCUUUCUUGCUACUUGGUUCUAUCUGUUUCAGUGGGCCUUCUUCUGUUUCUUCUCCUCUUUUCUUUCUUUCUUUCGUUCUUCUUUCCCCUUUUUCUCUUUCACAGGUAAGGUUUGUUUACCUUGUAAGGCCUGUAAAGCCUUUGUAAUUUCCGGUAUCUAA